CUCUCUCUCUCUCUCUCUCUCUCUCUCUCUCUCUCUCUCUCGAAAUCGACUUCACGUAGAACCGUGAAAUAGCCUUAAAGUUUCGGAAAUCGACGUUUUCACGUGAUCUUCUUUUUUGAUAUCUUCUCUUUUGAUCUUUUUCUUGUUAUUGAUCAAAUGGUGAUGGAAGACGCCGAGAUUAGUAGUAGGGCGGUGGAAUCGAUGCCCGUGAACACUCGGCAACAGAGAAAGAAACUUGAGGUUUACAAUGAGGUUCUUCGUAGGCUUAAAGAUUCGAAUAACCUGGAGGCUAAUGAGCCUGGCUUCGACCAUGAACUUUGGGCUCACUUCAAUCGUCUUCCCACUCGGUAUGCAUUGGAUGUGAAUGUGGAAAGGGCGGAAGAUGUUCUCACCCAUAAGAGGUUGUUGCAUUUGGCUCAGGAUCCUGCGAAUAGACCUGCCUUUGAAGUCCACCUAGUUCAGGUUCUUCCUAUCUGUGAUGGAAACACAGGUGUGUCUCCUUCUAACUCGCCAAGAAAGGAAGUUGCUCAAAGCAUUCAUCCGCCACCAGCCUUUGGUUCAUCUCCUAAUCUUGAAGCCCUUGCACUUGAAGCAAACAAAGCUCAAGUUGAAGAUGGGGACAGUGUCGUACAUGGUCGUCUAAAGUUCUCCCGGAUCAUGCAUGAAAUCACCUUUUCAACAGAUGACAAGCCAAAGCUCCUCAGUCAGUUGACUUCCUUACUGGCUGAGGUUGGGCUGAACAUCCAGGAAGCACAUGCUUUUUCAACAGUAGAUGGCUAUUCCUUAGAUGUUUUUGUUGUUGAUGGCUGGCCAUAUGAGGAAACUGAACGACUUCGAUUUGCAUUGGCAAAGGAUGUCUUGAAGAUCGAGAAGCAAUCUUGGCCAAAUCAACUAUCAUUUUCUUCUCUAGGUGAGCAUGAUCAGUCACUGAUAAAAAGCGAACCUGAUCAUUUGACAAUUCCUGGUGAUGGCACUGAUGUCUGGGAAAUUGAUCCUCGAUUUCUGAAAUUUGAGAGCAAAAUUGCAUCUGGGUCAUAUGGGGACUUGUACAGGGGUACAUACCGUACUCAAGAAGUAGCCAUCAAAGUCCUCAAGGCUGAGUGUGUAAGUUCAAGCGUGCAAAGAGAGUUUGCACAAGAAGUAUAUAUUAUGAGGAAAGUUCGACACAAGAAUGUUGUACAAUUUAUAGGUGCAUGCACAAAACCUCCUAGCUUGUGCAUUGUAACAGAAUAUAUGUCUGGUGGAAGUGUGUAUGACUAUCUACACAAACUAAAGGGUACUUUUAAGCUUCCAUCUUUGCUAAAAGUAGCAAUCGAUAUCUCAAAAGGAAUGAACUACUUGCAUCAGCAUAAUAUAAUUCACAGGGACUUGAAGGCAGCAAAUCUUCUGAUGGAUGAGAAUGAAGUGGUUAAGGUGGCUGAUUUUGGAGUUGCCAGAGUGAAAGCUCAAACUGGAGUUAUGACGGCAGAAACUGGGACAUAUCGGUGGAUGGCUCCUGAGGUUAUAGAGCACAAGUCCUAUGAUCACAAGGCUGAUGUCUUUAGUUUUGGUAUCGUAUUAUGGGAGUUGCUAACUGGAAAGCUUCCAUAUGAGUACUUGACCCCGUUACAAGCAGCUGUUGGAGUUGUCCAAAAGGGUCUACGGCCUACUAUACCGAAACAGGCUCAUCCUAAGCUUGCUGAGCUGCUUGAGAGAUGCUGGCAGUGUGACCCAACUUUAAGACCCGACUUUUCUGAGAUAACAGAAAUCCUGCAGCAAAUAGCGAAGGAGGUUGGAGAUGACGGAGAGGAUCGACACAAGGACAAAUCAUCGGGGGGAUUUUUUUCCAUUCUCAGACGGGGACAUCAUUGA